AUGUUGGGGGGGAAAAAGUUGCUUCUCUAGGCAGCCGAGGUUGUCAAAAGGGGAUGUCAAGCGCUUUACAAUACCUGGGAUUGAUGAGGCUGGAGGGCCAAUGAACAGCGCAAGGCGCCUAGGCGCGCCCUCAGUUGACUCGGCGGCUGCAGACGGCGUGAAUGCGGACGCACCAAUGGGAGCUGGCGUCAGCCGCACGUGACACCUCCCCCCUGCUCCCAUUCAUCAAGGGAGGGGGGGGAAGAGGGGGGAGACGGUGUCGUCCUUUCAAUUCAUUUAUCUGCAGGAAUGAUUACUGCUAUCAGUCUCGCGCUCACCGCCCGGCUGAGGAGGUGAAAGUUUCUCCCCAGGAAGAUAAACCGCAAAAGACAAUAUUGUGCAUUAUUUGCACCUUUUCUUUGGCUUUUUUUUUCUUUUUUGCUCCCCGCUUAUUAUUAUUAUUAUUAUUAUUAUUAUUAUUAUUAUUGCAAAAGGCAGAAGGGAAAAAGGAGAGUGAAGGAGCGAAAAGGUGAACCUGAGAGAAAAGAGAGCAAGAGCGAGGGUCUAGUGGAGAAGUGAGGAGGGGCAUCCGGUGCGAGGCGGAGAGUGAGCAAUUUCGGCUCCUGUGCUCACAUUCCUCUAUGCUACAAAUCUGGGAGGAAGGUUUUUUUUUGGAGGGGGGGUUGGGAGGGUGGGUCGAGAUGCUCCACGGCUUUCCCUGGGCAGGCUUGACGCGGGCUCUUCUCAACAGAGACUGAGCGGCGAGAAAGUGCGAGCCCGGCCAGCGGGGUUGCUCUGAGGGCUCCGGAGCCCGCCUUGCCCACUGCCGGUAGCCGUCUGGCUUCUCCGAAGUCGGCCAGGCGGGCUCCCCGGCGCGCGGAGCGGCUGCCUGCAGGCUAGGACUUCGAGAGGUGGGUCGACUCCCCCUCCCUCCUCAUCUUCUUCCUCCUUUUCCUCCACCUCCCAUUCCUCCUCCUCCUUCCAAUUUUCCCUCCUCUGUAGGCAAGGGUGGGGGUGGGGGAGGCCGGAGCUCGCCCGGAGCAGCCACGAUGCUCCUGGACGCCGGCCCCCAGUACCCCGCGAUCGGCGUGACCACCUUUGGCACGUCCCGCCACCACUCCGCGGGCGACGUGUCUGAGCGCGACGUUGGCCUGGGCAUCAACCCGUUCGCCGACGGCAUGGGAGCCUUCAAGCUCAACCCCAGCUCGCACGAGCUGGCCUCUGCGGGCCAGACAGCCUUCACAUCUCAGGCGCCUAGCUACGCGGCUGCCGCUGCCCUUGGCCAUCACCACCACCCGGGCCACGUCGGCUCCUAUUCCAGCGCAGCCUUCAACUCCACGCGGGACUUUCUGUUCCGCAACCGGGGCUUUGGAGACGCGGCAGCAGCAGCCAGCGCUCAGCACAGCCUGUUUGCUGCUUCGGCAGGGGGUUUCGGGGGCCCACACGGCCACACGGACGCUGCGGGCCACCUCCUUUUCCCUGGCCUUCAUGAGCAGGCUACGGGCCACGCAUCGUCCAACGUGGUCAAUGGGCAGAUGAGGCUUGGCUUCUCUGGGGACAUGUACCCGCGGCCCGAGCAAUACGGCCAGGUGACAAGCCCACGUUCGGAGCACUAUGCCGCGCCUCAGCUUCACGGCUACGGGCCCAUGAACGUGAACAUGGCCGCGCAUCACGGCGCCGGAGCCUUCUUCCGCUACAUGCGCCAACCCAUCAAGCAGGAGCUUAUCUGCAAGUGGAUCGAGCCGGAGCAGCUGGCCAACCCCAAAAAGUCCUGCAACAAAACUUUCAGCACCAUGCAUGAGCUGGUUACGCACGUCACUGUGGAGCACGUCGGCGGACCUGAACAGAGUAACCACAUCUGCUUCUGGGAGGAGUGCCCUCGCGAGGGCAAGCCUUUCAAAGCCAAAUACAAACUGGUCAACCACAUCCGCGUGCACACGGGAGAGAAGCCGUUUCCCUGCCCCUUCCCUGGCUGUGGCAAGGUGUUCGCUCGUUCCGAGAACUUAAAGAUCCACAAAAGAACACACACAGGGGAGAAGCCCUUCAAGUGCGAGUUCGAGGGCUGCGACAGACGCUUUGCCAAUAGCAGCGACCGCAAGAAGCACAUGCACGUGCACACGAGCGACAAGCCCUAUCUUUGCAAGAUGUGCGACAAGUCCUACACGCACCCCAGCUCGCUGCGCAAACACAUGAAGGUCCACGAAUCCUCCUCCCAGGGCUCACAGCCUUCGCCGGCCGCCAGCUCAGGCUACGAGUCCUCCACGCCACCCACAAUCGUGUCUCCCUCCACAGACAACCCCACCACCAGUUCCCUGUCGCCCUCCUCCUCUGCGAUCCACCACACAGCCGGUCACAGCGCGCUCUCUUCUAAUUUUAAUGAAUGGUACGUUUAAAAUCAGAAGCAAAACACCGAUCAAAAUCCUAUUUAAGAGACCGAACAUAACCGUAUGCAAAAUAUAACUGAAAGAUCCCUGCGAAUCAACACUGCUACCUUACUCCGCAAUUCUAUUUUUUUUUUUUGAACUUGCUUGUAGACCCAGGUUCGAGUAAGAGAGAGAGAAAGCAUUAAACCUUUCGUUACCCGUCCCCCUUUUUCUUU